AUGGCAUCUAAUCCUAUUAACAUUGCUAGGGAUUGGCAUGUGGCUAAUAGGUCCAUCUCUACCAAACCACCUAGAGAAGAUGUUAUGGUGGCGUGGAAGUAUCCCCUUGAAAUUUGGAUUAAACUACUGGUGGUAGUUGUCACACUAUUGCUUCUCACAUUUGCGUUGGAGGUCUCAGAAAGCAAGAGUAAUGAUAAGACUGACAAUACAUUGCAAACCCCACAUGGACCCCUCCAGGCACUUCACCAGAAGAGCUUACAUGGAUCCAUUCCUAAUGAAAUUACCAAUUGUCCUGAGCUUAGGGCUCUGAACUUGUCCACUAAAUUCUUCUCCGGGGAAAUCCCAGAUGUUGGAGUUCUAAGCACUUUUAGGAACAAGUUUUCCCUCUCUUUUCAUGUCUUCAAUCGACGUCUUUCUCUUCUCCUCUGCUCCUUUGCGGGAUUGUUCCUCCUUUUCCGGCUAGCGGGAGGUGGUCCCGGAGGACCUGGUGGGCUUGGUGGGCCUAUGGACUUCGGAAGGUCCAAAUCCAAAUUCCAAGAAGUUCCAGAGACGGGGGUGAGUUUCUCUGAUGUAGCUGGAGCUGACCAAGCAAAGCUGGAAUUGCAGGAGGUGGUUGAUUUCUUGAAGUACCCAGAUAAGUACACUGCCCUUGGAGGCAAAAUCCCAAAAGGCUGUCUUUUGGUGGGUCCACCUGGUACCGGCAAGACCCUUCUGGUUCGGGCCGUGGCCGGCGAGGCUGGAGUGCCGUUUUUCUCUUGCGCAGCUUCAGAGUUCGUGGAAUUAUUUGUGGGAGUGGGUGCGUCGAGAGUGCGGGACUUGUUCGAGAAGGCCAAGUCGAAAGCGCCGUGCAUUGUGUUCAUUGAUGAGAUUGAUGCGGUGGGAGGAAUGCUUUGA